CGCUUGUCAGGCGAAGAGAUCGUCAAAGAAAGAGACGAUGGCGAGAGGCAGCCGGAGCCUGAGAAAAGUAGCUGAGUGCAUUAAACAGUUACCGACGACAGCCAGCCGGGAAAUACAGACCAGAAACAGAGUAAGAUAUUUGUCGUCAUGUGGGAUCCUGAUGACUCGUGUACCGCCCCUCCUCGGUGCAGCCAUGCCCGGGCGUGGCGUGGCGUUACCCGCCCGUAGCUUCUUCAACCUGGCCGAUUCCUUCUCCAAGAGGAAGGAGUACUCUGAGAGACGCAUCAUCGGGUUUUCCAUGCAGGAGAUGUACGAGGUGGUGGCCGGAGUGGAAAACUACCGCCUCUUUGUCCCCUGGUGUAAGAAGUCCGAUGUGGUGUUCAAGCGAGCCGGAUUCUGCAAGGCCAAACUAGCUGUGGGUUUCCCACCUGUGAUGGAGAGCUACACCUCCCUCGUCACCUCAGUGCGCCCCCACUUGGUCAAGGCGUCCUGUUCAGAUGGUAAACUGUUCAACCACUUGGAGACAGUUUGGCGUUUCAGCCCCGGCCUCCCCGGAUAUCCUCGCACCUGCACUGUGGACUUUUCUAUCUCCUUCGAGUUUCGCUCCCUCCUUCACUCCCAGCUAGCGCACGUCUUCUUUGACGAGGUGGUGAAGCAGAUGGUUUCUGCGUUUGAGCGCCGCACCUCCAAGGUAUACGGCGCCGAGACGGCCAUCCCUCGCGAGCUCAUGUUCCACGAGGUCCACCACACGUAGCGCUACACAAACGCCGAUACACAAACGUAAAUGACAACGUCAGAAAGAAAAAGGAGCGAGCGAGUGUAGAGAGGAAGAGGAGACUACCUGUGUUCUAACUGAAAACUGCCGUGCCUUUCUCACACCAGCGACCAAGUUUAUUCCCGACAGAUUCAUUAUUUUUAUAACCGACGUGAAUCCAGCGGCUCAUUUUCACUUUGGUGCUAAAAACACAUGCAGACUUGUGUCCAUUUCAGUUCAUUUCCAUUAUCAGAACUUAUUCGGCGCUUUGUUGUGAAACCUCAGUUUGCAGGUUAACACGAGUGUGUCAUCACAUCUGUAAACAUCAGCACUGCUCUAACCAGCAUUUUGGGACCAAUGCAACAAACUUUAAUUUAAAAACCUGCCUCAGAAAGACACUAAAAAAUCUUUGAAAGAACAGAUUUACAGGUUGUGUAGCGGAUAAUGCUGCUCAUGUUGGGAAAAAACAAAGCAGAUGAGGCUUUUUUUUAAGUUGAAGGAGAGAAAGAAAAGAUGUGUGCUCUGCAGUCCAACACACACCGGCCCCGAAAAUUAGCAUGAGGGUUUUUUUAAUGACUAAAUCCUUCAUGAAUGAUUAGACACUGGUGUUCUCCAUCACUCAACCUAAGGUGACCAAAAAAAGAAACACCGAACAGAAUUGAAAAAACAUUUUUCCCCCUGACAAUUGCAGACACAAGUUUAAGUGAAGCUGUCGCAUAAAUUGGGCGUGUACUGUAAAUCGUCAGUUUGAAUGAUGUGAAAUGUUUCUUUCUCAAGCUCCAUGUAAGAGUGCGUGGAAAAAAAUAGUUUCUGUGCAGAUUUUAGGAAAAUGCAAAACAAUUCAGAUUCCAGCGGUGAAGCAGAAAGAGCUUCCGGUGUCAGACAGUCGUCCGAGGUCGACGUGUGCAGGUGCAGCUGUAAUCUCAGUGAUCCUUUACGCGUGUGUGAGUCAGCUCCUGACUCCAGCGGGGACGGAUUAGUCAGCACUCAGCGGGAGCUUGACUCUGGCGUGAUGACUGAGAAAGUGAAGUAACUGUAAGUGAUGAGCAGGUCGUUACACCCUUUUAUCUGCAGUUUUUAAAUUCUGUUGAGUGUUGGGAAGAGUUUAGCUACAACUAUCAAUAGUUUUUAUCACAGAUGUAAUUGUUUAGUCGGUGAAAUGUUCAAAAAUAGAUGACAGGUUUUUUAAUGUGCUUCUUUCAUCCGAGUAUCAAUCUGUAAAUCAAUUUGUUUGUUGAAAAAUAAAUCAUAUAAGGUACAAUUCCAGUGAAA